GAGUUAUGGUAUAGGCCAGCUUGUUCUGGUUCUCAGGUUUUACAUAUGGCUUUUUAUCCGUUUCGUCAACAAAUUCAUUCACUCCUGAUAACGUUUUGUCAAAAAAUUGGAGAUCAAAACAUCACAUUUGGAUGGUGCGGUGCGUUGUUGGGGGGGUGGGGGGGGGGGGGGGGNUACGGGGAUCUCGCGUUCGAUUUGUUGGGCUACACGUAUGUCUUCACGAACAAUUUCAGCACAGCAGCCAAAGCCUUGCUGACCAAAUCGUUGCUAAGAGAUCAGGGGUUUUCCAGUCUCGAGCUACUCUACUACAAUUCCGGUCUCAUGAUUCCCGCAUUACUCGUGAUCGUUGUAUUUCAGACGGAUUUCUUUCAGAUUUUGCACUAUCCAACGUGGACAGAACCGUUAUUUUUGUUCUGCUUCAUGUUUUCUUGUUGUUCGGCCGUCCUGCUCAAUUUCUCACUAAUUCAAUGCACACACUACACAUCGGCACUCACGACCAGCAUCAUUGGUGUGAUGAAGGUAAUCUUUCCACAACACUACGCGUUUAAUAAACGUUAUUGUAGGAACAUCCAAACGCGCCUACCUAACAAAACUGCAGGUUUUCAAUUAACGUUAACACCGAUACCCCUGCCAAAUUAG